AUGACCACACCGAUUUACGAUGCCGAGCGCCGCGAUAUUUCCAUCGCCGUGGGCGGCGACGCCAUGAUCACCCGCCGGAUGCGGGCCUUCGAGGAGCCCCGUUUCCUCAAGCUGGUGGAGGUUCUCCGGGCAGCCGACGUUUCCCUGGUAAACUUGGAGAUGUUGUUCCACGACUACGAGAGCAGUUGGCAAUGGAGCAGCGCCACCUAUACCCGGUCCGACCCCCGCAACCUCGAUGAGCUAAAGUGGAUGGGCAUCAACGCCGUGACCACCGCCAGCAACCACUCCUUCGACUUUUCCGAAGGCGGUUUCCUGACUACCCUGGAGCACUGCCAGGAGUUCGAUCUGGCCCAUGCCGGCGGUGGCCGCAGCCUGGACGAGGCCCGUGCGCCUGCCUACGUGGACUCGGCCCGCGGCCGGGUGGCAGUGAUGGGCGCCACCAGCACCUUCAGCGAGCAGUCCCGGGCCGGCGCGGGCCGCCCCGAUUUCGCCGGUCGACCGGGGGUUAACGCCCUGCGCCACGACAUCGCCCACCACGUGCAGCAGGACGUGUUCGACGCGCUGCACCGGGCCAACCUGGAGCUGGGGUACGAAGAGGAGCACACCUCCUACCGCCACUUCGGCUUUCGGGGCGACGACGAUGCGGCGGACCACAGCACCGAAAUCGAUUUCCUGGACCAUAAAUUCAUCCUGGACGAGGAGUUCGCCGUCCGCACCGCUCUGAACGAGGACGACCGGCUGGGCAUGGGCAACUGGAUUCGGGGAGCGCAGAAGCAGUCGGACUGGCAGGUCUACGGGGUCCACUGCCACGAGAGCGGGCCCGACGGCGACUUUCACGGCCAUUCGCGCGUUUCGCCACCCCACUUUCUGGUCGACUUUGCUCGCUGGACCAUCGACCAGGGCUGCGCCGCCUUCGUGGGCCACGGCCCCCACUUCCUGCGCGGCAUCGAGAUUUACAAGAAUCGCCCCAUUUUCUACAGCUUGGGCAACUUUGUCUUCCAGAAUGAAAGCGUCCUGUGGCUACCCCACGAGGCCUACCGCCGUUUCGGGCUGGACUUCAACAGCACGCCUGGCGAUUACCUCGACACCCGCUCCGGCGGCGGCACCCGCGCCUUUGCCGCUGACCCGGUGUUCUGGCAGAGCGUGGUGGCCGUGUGCAACUACGCUGGCGGCGACCUCAAAGAGGUUGUCCUGUACCCCAUAGACAUGGGCUUUGGCCGUCCCAUUCCCCAGCGCGGCCGCCCGGUGCUGGCGGAAGAACCAAUCGCCCGCGAAACCUUACAGUGGCUGCAGGAAGUUUCCCGCCCCUUCGGCACCGAAAUUUCCAUCGAGGAAACGGACGGGGAUGUGGUGGGGGUGAUACGGGUUUAG